AUGGCUUUGUCAUUUACAGCUGUUAUGAUCCUUCUCUUUAUAAUUUUACUCGCACAAGCUACCAUUAAUUUGAGUUAUGAAAGAAGCAGUGAUGAUGUAGUAUGCAUUGAGAGUGAGAGAAAAGCAUUGUUGAGUUUCAAGCAAGAUCUUGUUGAUCCUUUCAAGAGGCUCUCGUCUUGGAACGUUUCUCAUGAGAACUGCUGCAAAUGGGUUGGAAUUCAUCUGAGUUACCUAGACCUCAGCUGCAAUGAUUUUGGAGGGAUUCAAAUUCCCAUCUUCAUGGGUUCACUUGUGAGUUUAACAUAUCUUAACCUCACAGAUUCUCGCUUUAAGGGACUAAUUCCUCACCAACUUGGGAACCUCUCGAGUUUGACUCAUCUUGGUCUUCAAGAUGGGCAGGCUGAAUUGCAUGUAAUAAACAGGCUCUCUUCUUUGUCAGAACUACAGUUGUACGGCUGUGAGAUUUCUCAUAUUAUUCCUAAUAAUUGUGUGUCCUAUGUUAAUUUUACAUCCCUUUCCGUCCUUGACAUUUCAUGGAACAAUUUUAAUUAUUUCAUACCGCAAUGGAUUUUCAACAUGAACAGUUUAGUGUAUCUUGAUCUAAGCAACAACAGAUUUGUAGGCCCAUUUCCAAAAAGUUGUUGUUGGAAUUUAACUUCCCUGGAAGGCCUUAAUGUUGCUCGUAAUCAGAUGAAUUCUUCUUUAGCCAUUUGGUUAUCUGGUCUGAGUAGUCUAGUGUCUCUUGAUCUAAGUGGAGAAAUACCUUCAUCUUUGGGAAAUCUGAUGUCAAUUGUUCAUCUGGACUUGUCCUUUAAUUCACUUGAUGGAGAAAUACCUUCAUUUUUGGAAAAUCUGAUGUCAAUUGUUCAUCUUGACUCAUCCUUUAAUUCACUUGAAGGAGAAAUACCUUCAUUUUUGGGAAAUCUGACUUCAAUUGUUGAUCUUAGCUUCUCCAGUAAUUCACUUGAAGGAGAAAUACCUUCAUCUUUGGAAAAUCUUGCGUCACUCGUUUAUCUUGACUUGACUUAUAAUUCACUUGAAGGAGAAAUAACUUCAUCUUUGGGAAAUCUGACGUCAAUUAUCCAUCUUGACUUCUCCAUUAAUAAACUUGAAGGAGAAAUACCUUCAUCUUUGGGAAAUCUGACAUCAAUUGUUCAUCUUGACCUCUCUAAUAAUAAAUGA